CGCUUCAACGCGUCGCCCGCUCCCACUUUCAUCUCGCCGAUUGAUUUCUGGGUUCACAUAAGCCUCCGUCAAAUCACCAAAUCGAGAAGCCCAAAUUGUAAUCAACUUUCCCCAGUACGUCAUUCCUUUCCCCACACCAAGUCAUUAUAUUCAGCCUCCAUCUUAACACAUAUAUUCAAACUAAUUAAGCUAAUUGAUCUUAUGUUAUUAUGAUUAUGUGUGUGACAGUGGUAGGAGAGGAGCCCAAACCGCGGUGGAACCCGAAGCCGAAGCAGAUCAUAAUCCUCGAGUCCAUCUACAACUCCGAGAUGGUCAACCCUCCCCGGGACGAGAUUCGCAAGAUCCGCCUACAACUGCAGGCGUUCGGCCAGGUGGGCGACGCCAAUGUCUUCUACUGGUUCCAGCCGCAACCACCGAACCCAAUCUCCCUCCUCCAAACCACUCUCCACUGCCACAGAUCAAACGAUCGAACAAUCGAGAAGUUGGUUUCGACGGGGUGGGCUUCUCGAUUUGGCGAUUUGGCGAAGGAGGAGGCUUCGGAAACCUAGAAAUCAAUCGGCAAGAUGAAA